UAUUUCGAACGACAUUGUUAAUUUCAGAGUUGUAUCAUCUCGGAGCUCUGUGCGUGAAACUUCCACUCCACCAAGAUCUUCAUCUUCGAAUCGAACCCCCUUUGGCCUCCAGAAUCCAGAUUGGAUGAGUCUCCAGCAUUUUCGUUGGUGGGUAUUAAAUAUUUGGUUAGAAAACAAUUGAUAGAUUCCGAUGGAGGAACUUCCUGUUGAGGUUAUUGGGGAAAUAUUGUCUCGGGUUGAAACAGCCAGAGAUAUUGUAUUGGCCUCAGCUACAUGUAGAAAAUGGAGACAAGCUUUCACAAAACACCUUCAUACCCUUUCAUUCAAUUCCAAUGAUUUGCCUGGUUAUGGGGAUUUAACAUCUAGUAGACAUGAAAUCUUGAUAACCCAAACCAUUUUUCAGACCACAGGUUUACAAAGACUGUCCAUUUUGAAGUAUUAUGAUAAUGAUGAUGAUGAGUUCUCAGCUUCAGCUCUUGUGGCAUGGCUAAUGUAUACUAGAGAAACACUUCGCCAGUUGUUUUAUAAUGUAAAGACAACUCCCAGUAUAAACAUUCUUGAGUUGUGUGGGAGGCAGCAGCAGCUGGAAAAGUUGGUUUUGGGUCAUAAUUCAAUCAUAGGAGUUGAACCAAAUUUUCAGAGAUUCCCAUGUUUGAAGUCUCUUUCUUUGGGCCAUGUUAGUAUUUCUGCAUUGGAUUUGAAUCUGUUGCUGGCUGCUUGUCCGAAGAUUGAAUCCUUGGAGCUUGUUGCUCCUGAAAUCCUGAUUUCGGAUCCUCAGGUGACUGUUGAGUUGGCUAGUUCAAAGUUGAAGAAUGUUUAUGUGGAAGGGAUCAGUUUGGACAGGUUUAUAUUGGAGGCGGAUAGUAUCGAGCGUUUGCAUUUGAAAGAUUGUGUUCUUGAUGUUUUUGAACUCCUUGGAAAGGGGACGUUGAAGCAUUUUGAGGUUGAUAAAGUUAGUAUAAUACAUCUUGAAAUUGGUGAUACUCAUGAAAAUCUUGAGAUUGUAGAUAUUAGCAGCUUCACAAUUAUAUGGCCAAAUUUCCACCAGAUGAUCACCAGAUUCACAAAAUUGAGAAGACUUCGGCUAUGGGACAUAGAUUUUGGAGAAGAAGAUGAGAUAGUUGAUUUAGAAACCAUUGCUGUCUGUUUUCCUCAGCUGAGGUCAUUGAGUUAUGAUUUGAAAGAAUGGGUGCUUCUCCAUGGAUUGCAAGGGGAUAUAAACUUGGAGAAUGUUGUUGUUGUGGAGCUAAGAUGGACAACACUUAAUGAUUUGUUUACACAUUGGGUUGAAGGGAUACUAAACCGUUGUCCUAAUCUUCAAAAGUUAGUAAUUUACGGGACUGUUUCGGGGGCUAAAGCUCGUGAAGAAUGUCAGAUUCUAGCCAACUUUACCACAUCCAUUGUUCAGCUCAUGAGAAGAUUUAUACAUGUAGAUGUGCAGUUUGAGUAUGAGUAGAUAUAUGUUAAAAGUCAUUUCGAGAAUGGUUUCGGAAUACGCAGGCAACGGUAUGCAGAGCCCCCUACCCGAUUGUUUGUGUAUUUUAUUCUUAUGUUUUGAUUCACUUCCUCAGUUUUUAGUCACCUCAUUUGUAGUGUUACUUACACUGUUAUAGUAUACCUUGUAAAUUUAUUACUUGUUUUGGAGUAAUUGGUUGUUUUCUUGUUAUUAACAUUAUUACUUUUAAAAAGGUGAGCUUGGGAUUUCACUUUUGAGCUUCA